UCUUUUUAUGAUCAAAUAGAUGACGUAACCUUGGGGUCUCCCCUUGCUCCCGUCUUAGCUAAUCUUUUUAUGGGACAUCACGAAAAACUUUGGUUGAAAAAUUUUCAAGGCUCUACAAUUUUAUUUUAUCGCCGGUAUGUUGAUGAUACCUUUUGCUUAUUUAACUCAGAUCGCGGUGCCACUAUAUUUUUCGACUGUAUCAACUCUAGGCACCCUAACAUCAAGUUCAUUAUGGAAAAGCAGGUUAAUCACAAAUUACCCUUUUUAGAUGUCCUGAUUGACAACCAUGACCCCAAAUUCCUCUCUAACCAGGGUUUACCGCAAGAAAAUUUUCACUAAUUAUUUCAGCUUCACCUCGUACUCUCACAAAGUGGGUCUCAUUAAGACACACGUUGAUAGGGCUUACAGGAUUAAUAACACCUGGUUAGGGUUUCACGAGGACAUUGACAAACUUACUGAUAUUCUAAAAAAGAAUCUUUUCCCUGCUCAUUUAAUUGAGAAGAUUAUAAACCGUUACAUCACUGGGACCCAAAGCAAUCAUCAUCCCCGGGGUUCCCUUCCCACCACUUCACCUACGUUUUACUUUAGGCUUUAUAUUGGCCACUUUUCUGCUAUCACUCAAAAAAAGAUCCGCCAUUUUAUUAAGCGCUAUUGCAAUGAUUUAGAUAUUAAACUGGUUUUCUCUUCCAUCAAAAUUGGUAACCCGUUUGGUGUGAAAGACCCUGUCCCUGACGGGCUCCGUUCACGUGUGGUUUAUAAGUUUUUAUGUGCUGGCUGUAAUGCUUGUUACGUCGGUGAAACCUGCCGGCAUUUUUCCACACGUGUUAGAGAGCACUUAGUCAUUGACAGGGCCUCUUACAUUUUCAAUCAUCUGAAAGAUUCUCCACAUUGUCGCGUUUUGUGUUCAGCAGAUGACUUCCAUGUUUUAGAUCACGCCUUCACCAGCUUUCAACUUAAGAUAAAAGAGGCUAUUCAUAUUCAAAGAGAACAACCAUCCUGGAAGCAACAAUUACACCACGUAAAU